UUCCUUUCUUUCAUUCUCUCCAGUCUUCACUCCUUUCCUUUACGUAUACACAUGUCCAGGUAUAAGGACUUGAGAUAUUCUGGCUGAUCAAUAAUUGUUUUUGGGCUUUUGUUUUAUUUCUUGCAUUCAGCCUGCGCUCAACCACCACAACGAUCUGUCCAGAUCAGAUCCCUCUGCUUCAUUAAUGAAUGUCGGCGGGUGGCGAGCAUCUCAAAGAUGAAGGUCAACGGUACCAGGUUGUCGCCGCCGGCGCAAUCGCGGGAAUGGUCUCGCGAUUCUGCGUCGCUCCUCUCGAUGUCGUGAAAAUCCGACUCCAGUUACAAAUACACUCCCUCUCCGACCCUCUCUCCCACAAAAACAUCCGCGGCCCCGUGUACAAAGGCACCAUAUCGACCCUAAAAGCCAUAGUCCGAGAAGAAGGCAUCACAGGCCUCUGGAAAGGCAACAUCCCCGCCGAACUCCUCUACAUCUUCUACGGCGCCAUCCAAUUCACAACCUACCGCACCGUCACGCAAUCCCUGCACACACUUCCACCCCCAUACCGCCUCCCCCAACCCGCCGAAUCAUUUGUCUCUGGCGCCACCGCCGGCGGCAUCGGCACCUUCGCAACCUACCCCUUCGACCUUCUCCGCACCCGCUUCGCCGCCCAGGGCAACGACAAGAUCUACCCGUCCCUUCUCACCGCCAUCCGCACCAUCCACGCGCACGAAGGCUCGCGCGGCUUCUUCCGCGGCGUCAGCGCAGCCGUCGCCCAGAUCGUCCCCUACAUGGGCCUCUUCUUCGCCACGUACGAGAGCGUGCGCGUGCCCAUCUCCGCGCUCCAUCUGCCCUUCGGCUCCGGCGACGCCACCGCGGGUGUGAUCGCCAGCGUCAUCGCGAAGACAGGAGUGUUCCCCCUCGAUCUCGUCCGGAAGCGCCUGCAGGUCCAGGGCCCGACGCGCUCGAGGUACAUACAUCAGAAUAUCCCUGAGUACAACGGGGUGUUGAGCACGAUGAAGAUGGUCCUGCGUGAUGGCGGUGUGAGGGGCCUAUAUCGCGGGUUGACGGUGAGUUUGAUAAAAGCCGCCCCCGCAAGCGCCGUGACGAUGUGGACGUACGAGAGGGUCUUAAAAAUAUUGAAGGAGAUGAACCAGGAAGCUAUACAGUAGUGGUUCGAUAUGUUGUACAGCCGUUAUUUCCUGUAUAAAUUCCGGACGAAUAUUUAUUUCUACGUAAUAGACUUUAUGAUAUGGGGGGAAAACUCCGUAUAUAGACAAGAAUGCUACGGGUAGCCAUGCUGUUGAC